AUGGUGGUUACGAACCAUCAACGACAUUACAGCGACCACUCGCAGCGGCAACAUCAGCACCAGCGCCGCCGGUCCUCGCCCUCACCCCGGCGUGCCACCCGCUACCGUUCGGUCAUGGACGCUACCAAGCAGCGCUUCCUCGGGGCCCUCGUCUCGUCUCUCGUCGUCGCGAGGCGCAUCGGCAUCGCCCUCGCCUCUCGUUUCGCCAACCGCCGCUUCGCCUUUUCCGUGGCCGCCGUCGCCAUCAUCUUCGCCAAGACGGUGCACAUCUACGCCCACCUCACUGCCCUCCCACCGACCGAGCUGAUACGCUAUGGCUUCUCCUUCUUCGCCCAGGAUUCGGCCUUUCUCCUUGUUCUCCGCGUUCUCUUCGACACGCAGCUGUUUGCCAACAUGCGCUGGCUGAGGAUCAUUGUCACCACUUUGGCAACCCUCGUCGUGGCCGUCGUUCUCAUGCUCGCCGGCAUCAACAUCUCCUUCUUCGCCGUGGCCGGCUCCGAGCUGCACUGGCGCAACAUCGGUGUCGCCAAGGAUGCCAACUCGUGGACCAUGCUUCUCACGGGUCUUGUCUCCUGCUCGGUCGCCGUGGGAAUCGUCCUGUUCCUCGCCUGGCUCCUCCAGGACUUUUGCUACCUCGUCGCCGGCGUGGCUCUCGACAUUCUCAAGUGGCCCUUUGCCUUUCUUCUGAGCAAGAUCCCGUUCCGACUCUGGCGCGCGUCAAGCGCCGCCAACUAUGAGCACGUUCCGCAGUAUGACCUGGAGGGUGGCGCCGAAACAAAGUAUAGAGAAGACGAGUCUGCGGGCCGGGGCUCUUCGACCUCCCCGGCGCAGCCCCCACAACCGACGGGUUGGUGGAUGGUGCUGCUCUACAUACUCGUUGGCCUCACCAUGCUGGUCCAGGUUGUCACUACGUUCAUUCGCCCCGACGAGACGUCGCUGUCCUUUAUGUCCUGGACGCUGCCCCUGCUGCCGUUCAUCGACUUUGCUCAUUCGUCGCCGACCCUCGCCAGCCUGCUCCCUUUCCACGGCAGCAGCAUCAACUACAGCUGGGAUAACCGUACCGCCCUCGCCGAGCCGAUUUCCUUUCCCUGGUUGCCCAAGGAGGAGACGCCACUGCCCGGCUUCGCCGACUGGUACGAGAACAAGCCGCAUUACCGUGCGUCCGAGGACCCGCUCAAGAUCUCCAACCUCGACGACGACCUGCUGCCCGCCCUCAAGGGGAAGCUCAAGGACGUCAAGAUCCGCAAUGUGAUGCUCAUCAAGCUCGAGAGCACCCGCAAGGACGUGUUCCCCAUCAAAAAGGACGGUAUUAUCUGGGAGAAGCUGGCCAAGUCAUUCAAGAACGAGUCGCUACCCGACGAGGCCGCCGAGAGGCUCGCGACGUUGACGAAGAAUGCCAACUUCCUCACCGGUGACUACAGCGACGGCUUCGAGCACGCCAGCACGAAGCGGCGUGGCGGGCUCAACGUCAACAGCGCCCACACGACCAGCACCUACACCUUGAAGAGCUUGGCGGGCACGCUCUGCGGCAUUACGCCCCUCGUUGCCGACUUCAACAUCGAGCCCUUUAACCAUAUCUACCAGCCAUGCUUGCCCCACGUCUUCAACGCCUUAAACAAAGUCAACAACGCCACCGACGCUGGCUCCAAGGCCAAGUCCAAGGGCAAAGGCAAGGGCCAGGGAAAGGGCAAGGGCGAUUACACGUCGUACCCGUGGCGGUCCCUGUACAUGCAGUCCGUCACCGAUACCUACGACAAGCAGGACGCCGAGAUGCCCGUGCUGGGUUUCCUGAAAGAGAACUACGUCACCAAGGAAUACCUCCACACGGACGACGCCAAGUUCGGCAAGGUCAACGUCUCCGAUAUUAACUACUACGGCAUGCCCGAGGUGGUCAUCAAGGACUACAUCCGCGAUGCCUUUGCCUCGGCCAAGAAGAACGACGAGCGCGUCUUCCUGACGCACCUAACAAGCACGACGCACCACCCGUUCGGCAUGCCCGCCGACGAACCGUACGUGCACCUUACCGGCGACAAGAAGUACGACGACAUGUCACACUACGUCAACGCUGUCGGCUACGUUGACCGCUGGCUGGGCCAGAUCCUGGCCAUCCUCGACGAGGAGGGUGUGGCGGACGAGACGCUACUCGUCCUCGUCGGCGACCACGGCCUCUCCAUUGCCGAGAAUAACGGCAUCACACCCUACUACAACUCCAACAUUGGCAACUUCCACGUGCCCCUCGUCGUCUCCCACCCCAAGCUGCCGCACAUCGACAUCAACGACGCUGUCGUGUCUCUGCAGAUUCUUCCCACGAUUCUCGACCUCCUGAUCGAGACCGGCUCUCUCUCCGAGGCCGAAAAGGGCGCCGCCCAUGACCUGGUCCGCAACUACGAGGGCCAGUCCCUCAUCCGACCUCUCCGCAAGAAGUCGGACGCGACUGGCGAGGGCGAUUGGCAGUUCACCAUCAUGAACCCUGGUCGAGCUACCCUGUCGGUCCGCGACGCCCGAAACCCGAGCUGGCGUAUCAUCGUCCCCAUCGUCGAGGACACGGAAUGGCGCUUCACCGACCUGUCCAAGGACCCCCACGAGAAGGAGCCUGUCCUGUCGUUUGGCUUCAAGUCGUUCCUUCGAGCCGUGGAGAAGAAGCACGGCCUGGAUGCGUCCAAGUGGGCCGAGGACGCGGCUUUCAUGUCUCGAUGGUGGGUUGACGAGAACGCGAAGCGAUACCGUUACGACCCCAAAUAA